GAGACGAAAUUUUGCUAGAGACUAAUGAUAAUAAGAAAGUUACAAAGGAAACUACUGGUAGUAAUCCUCCGUUGGAUAUUUCGGACGUGGUGAAGCUUGUUACAGGAGUUUUGCAGUCACAGUUUCAAAACCUUUCAGGGUGGAAGACAGUAAACGAGUAUCAGUCCAGAGAAAUUGCCGACAACUCUGACGAUGAGAAGAAAAUUAGAAGCGCUGAAAACCGAGCCCUUAGGCAGCAAAGGCAAACCCAGAACAAGCGUUUCCACCCGUAUGGCUCCUACAGAGCUUCUACAGCGUCAGCAGCGGCAGGCUCGGCAGCCCAGCUUACUUCUGGUUCUUCCUCUACUGCUACAUCUCAGCCAUAUACAUAUCAGCAGCAGCCCUUUCGUGGCAAACUCACAAGGCGUCAACCACAGCCCAGCGACGUAUGCUUCAACUGUUUUUCCACUGGACACUGGAAAACCAACUGCCCCAAAAACAAGUCACAAAGUCAAUGAUAAGUAUACAGUUCCGGACAGACGAAUCGAGGAUGCUAUCUGUUGUCUACAGAAAACUAUCAUUCAUUUUCCCGAUGUAACAGCGAGGGAACUUGCAAGAGUAGUGGGGAAGAUCAUUUCUAUGACUCCAGUAAUGGAUAUAUUUAAAGUGGGCAGAUGGACGGGAAUUAAUUGUGGAUUACAGGAUCAUCGUCUAGCGGAACUUGCUUCUGAACUACCCAGAUAUUGUGUAACAUCUAAGGCCGAAAAUACAGCAAAACAGUACAGGUACGCUUUUAAUACCUUUUGUAAGUGGUGUAGCAGCUUUAACCCUGGGAUUCAAUCACUUCCUGCUUCGGAAAACAACGUUGCACUAUAUAUUAUACAUUUAGCAAAACAAUGUAAAUCGUCUGGCACAAUACAUUCAGCUAUACAUGCCAUCAGUUGGGCACAUAGCCUAGCAGGUUAUAUAGAUCCUUGUGACUCAGCUUUGGUAAAAACUGUUAAGGAAGGGGCAGUUAGAGAGACAUCAAAACCAGUGAUUAAAAAAGAGCCUAUAACGCCUGAACAUUUGAAAACUCUGGUUUCUACAUUUGGAGAGGAUGGAAAUUUAUACAAUUUAAGAACAUUGUGUAUGUGCUUAUUAGGUUUUGCAGGAUUUUUGAGAUUUUCAGAAAUAGUUAACAUUCGUUACUCAGAUAUCUGUAUACAGACUAAUUGUGUAGAAAUUAACAUUGUUAAAAGUAAAACAGAUGUUUAUAAAACUGGUCAUAAAGUUUGUAUUGCUAGAACAUUUUGUGAUACCUGUCCUGUAAAUAUGUUGGAAAAGUUUUUAAAAUUGUCAAAUGCUGACAUGCAUUCUCCUCUGUUCUUGUUUAGAUCUCUGUCAUUUUGUAAAAAAUUCCAAACUUAUAAACUGAGAUCGGAUAAUCGUCCAAUUUCUUAUACAAGAGCAAGAGAAAUCAUUUUGGAUUCACUUGAAAAGAUUGGUUUAGACAAGUGUAAAUUUGGUGAUUUUGAGAUCAGGUGGCGCUACCUCCGCAGCCGCCGCAGGUGUUAG